AUGUUGCUCGAAGAUCAAAGGUUCAUCCAUGAGGAUCUAGAGCGGCUGGAACAGGCUAUUGCUGAUCGCGUGGCGGAGGAGCCCCGAAAUGCCCGAGGUCGCUUAGCUCGCGACCAUGAAAUCGCCCAGUUCCUAGAGAGAAUCGAGAGCCAGUCCAAGCGACUUCUAGAGAUCUACCAGGAUGCCGAUGGACUACGGGAGAAGGAAAUACAGUCUAUCUCAACAGGUGAUCAAUUUGAGGAGUUCUACAAGCAGCUGGCGGACAUCAAAGACCACCACAAGCGUUACCCAAAUGAACCGAUCGAGAACCUCGAGCAAGCAUACAACCGCCGUCAGACCGCUGAAGGAGAGACUCCCCGCACCGCAAUUGAUAAUAUGUUCACUGGCGAAGAAGGGUUUGGACAGUACCUGGAUCUCACAACUAUCCAUGAAGAUUACCUGAACCUUCCAGGAGUUAAGCGCUUGUCAUACGUCCAAUAUCUCGACAUCUUCGAUGUCUUCACACCGCCAACUUUACCAAUUAAGCGGAAAGACAAGAUCUCCGAUCGUUACUUCAACUAUGUUGGCGAGCUUGCUAGUUAUUUGGAAAGUUUUAUCAAGAAAGUCCAGCCACUGCAACCCUUGGACGAGCUUUUCGCCAGCUUUGACCGGGAAUUCGAAAAGCAAUGGGCUGCGAAGGAGGUUCCGGGCUGGACAGAAGAAAAGUCCGACAAUGGUACAUCUGGCCCAGCAACUCAAGGGACCGGCGAGGGUAUUUGGUGCGCAGAUUGCGAGAAGGAAUUCAAGAACGAGAACGUCCACCGGAGCCACUUGACCGGCAAGAAGCACAUUCGAGCGGCAGAAGCCCGCAAAGCCGGCACAUCCGACGAGAAGCCAUCUGCCUCCCAAGGUCCGUCUUUGGCCCACAGUCUAAAGGAGCGCGCAGUUGCACGACGCGAACACCAAAUUCGAUCCUUGACGAAUGUCCUGCACGAGGAGCGACAAGCAACAAGAAUCAAUGUUGAACGCCGACAGGGUAUGACUGAACGUGAACGCCAAAUGGAAUGGGAAGCUGUACAAGCUGGGCUGGAUCACACGGGUCCCGAUACUCGUGCCGGCGAAGAAUCGGAGGAAGAGGACGAAGAGAUCGUUUACAACCCAUUGAAAUUGCCACUGGCAUGGGAUGGAAAACCUAUUCCGUUCUGGCUCUACAAGCUUCAUGGACUCGGUGUCGAAUACCAGUGCGAGAUCUGUGGAAACUUCACCUACAUGGGUCGACGAGCAUUUGACAAACAUUUCUCUGAAAACCUUCACAUCCACGGAUUGAAGUGUCUUGGCAUCACAUCAAACACCAAUCUCUUCCGUGAGAUCACUAGCAUCAACGAGGCCAUGGCGCUUUGGGAGCAGCUUGAGAAGGAUCGGAAGAAGGACAGAGAAUCACGUGAUAAUGUCGUUCAGAUGGAGGAUGCAGAGGGCAACGUUAUGCCCGAAAGGAUCUACCUGGAUUUGCAAAAGCAGGGCAUUCUCUAA